AACGCACUAAAUAUAACCAACAACAACUAUUAUUCUGUUGAAGUGGCAAAUAUCACAGCCCAAGUUCAGUUUUCGAAAACGGUUAUUGGCAAAGCACGGCUAAACAACGUCACCAACAUUGGUCCUCUGGAUAAGAAACAGAUUGACUAUAUGGUGCCCACAGUCAUACAAGAUGAAAUGAGCUACAUGUAUGACUUCUGUACAUUAGCAUCUAUCAAAGUGCAUAACAUAGUAGUGAUGAUGCAAGUGACAGUGACAACCUCUUACUUUGGCCACUCUGAGCAAAUAUCCCAGGAGAGAUACCAGUAUGUGGACUGUGGAGGAAACACAACCUACCAGCUGGGCCAGUCAGAAUAUUUAAAUGUACUUCAGCCUCCACAAUAAAAGCACCUGUUGGUUAGUGUGGAAUGACUGCUGUCGAUGCUUGCAGAGAUCCUUUGAAUAGGACUGGUACUACGUGAAGGGGAGAGUAUGUGCAUGUGAAGCAUAGCAAAUAUGGUGACCUGUUCACUUUAGAUGCAAGGAGGGAAAAGGUGCAAAAUGUAUAUAGAUGCACUUGUUAAAUGUUGUGUGUUCCCCUUCUGUUUGCUUUCUAUUACUGUAAGCACUUCUGUCAAGUUCUGUGGUGGGAGGGAGAGGGGGAAUAUCAGAUUCUUGAACUGAAUUGGGACCUUUCCUUACAGUGUGGUACAUCAGCUUAGAGUAACUGUGUGUAUGUCUGUUUUUAGGUGAAAUGUGUCACUAAUGAGCAUUUUAGAAAAAAUGAUACUCAUAAAUUUUAAGUUUAUGCUUCAGUUCUUGAUGUUUGACUAUUGAAACUGGCAGUAUUACUACUAGAGUAACAAGAUUACUUUGAGUUAUCUGGGUGUGAAAAUUCAAAUAGUAACCCAG